GGGCGGCGCGGGGCGGGGCCGGGGCCGGGGCCGGGGGGCAGGCGGCGGCGCGGGCAGCCCCGGCUUCCUCUGGCGGCCAAGAUGGCGGGGGACGAGGCGGGGGUGACGCUGGGGCAGCCGCACCUCUCCCGGCAGGACCUGGGCAGCCUGGAUGUUACCAAGCUGACGCCUCUGUCACCAGAAGUCAUCAGCAGACAAGCCACAAUUAAUAUAGGUACAAUUGGCCACGUAGCCCAUGGAAAGUCGACAGUAGUCAAAGCUAUAUCAGGAGUUCAUACUGUCAGAUUUAAAAAUGAACUGGAAAGGAAUAUCACAAUCAAGCUGGGCUAUGCUAAUGCAAAGAUUUACAAGCUGGAUGACCCGAGCUGUUCCCGACCAGAGUGCUACCGAUCCUGUGGAAGUAGCACCCCAGAUGAAUUCCCUACAGAUAUUCCUGGCACCAAAGGGAAUUUCAAACUAGUCAGGCACGUCUCUUUUGUGGAUUGUCCUGGCCAUGAUAUUUUGAUGGCUACUAUGUUGAACGGUGCAGCAGUAAUGGAUGCAGCUUUACUGUUGAUAGCUGGCAAUGAGUCAUGCCCUCAACCCCAGACCUCAGAACAUCUAGCUGCUAUAGAAAUCAUGAAACUGAAACAUAUUUUGAUUCUGCAGAAUAAGAUUGAUUUGGUGAAAGAGAGCCAGGCUAAAGAACAGUAUGAACAGAUUCUUGCAUUUGUACAAGGUACAGUUGCAGAAGGAGCUCCAAUAAUUCCAAUCUCAGCACAGCUGAAAUACAACAUCGAGGUAGUCUGUGAGUAUAUAGUGAAGAAAAUCCCAGUCCCUUUGCGAGACUUCACAUCCGAACCAAGGCUUAUUGUAAUUAGAUCUUUUGAUGUCAACAAGCCUGGCUGUGAAGUGGAUGACCUUAAGGGGGGAGUAGCUGGUGGCAGUAUUCUAAAGGGUGUUUUAAAGGUUGGUCAGGAAAUUGAGGUCCGGCCUGGUAUUGUGUCCAAGGACAGUGAAGGAAAACUCAUGUGUAAGCCAAUCUUUUCCAAAAUAGUGUCACUCUUUGCAGAACACAAUGAUCUACAGUACGCUGCUCCAGGAGGUCUUAUAGGAGUUGGAACUAAGAUCGAUCCAACUUUGUGUCGGGCUGACCGAAUGGUAGGGCAAGUUCUUGGUGCAGUUGGAGCACUGCCUGAAAUAUUUACAGAGUUAGAAAUUUCCUAUUUCCUGCUGAGACGACUAUUAGGUGUGCGUACUGAAGGGGACAAGAAAGCUGCAAAGGUGCAAAAACUAUCAAAGAAUGAAGUUUUAAUGGUAAACAUAGGAUCCUUAUCUACUGGAGGGAGAGUCAGUGCAGUAAAGGCUGAUUUGGGCAAGAUUGUGCUAACCAACCCAGUGUGCACAGAAGUGGGAGAAAAAAUUGCCCUGAGUCGAAGAGUUGAGAAGCACUGGCGUUUAAUUGGUUGGGGUCAAAUCAGAAGAGGAGUGACAAUCAAGCCAACUGUCGAUGAUGACUGAAGAAUGAAAAAGAGUGCUUCAUUUUUAAAGAUGAAGUGCCUAUUCCUAUCUACUUUGGAGGGGGGUAUAUUUUCACAGUGGAAUUGGAAGCUGUGCAAACAUUAUCUUUGAGUUGUAUGGCUCUCCUUGUACAUCUUACUGAAUUUUACCCUCUUACUAAAAUACUAGUCAUUAUCACCAUUAAAAGUGUAAAAGAAA